GGUUUAACAUGCGCCACCUUUGAAGGAUAGGCGGGCUUGCGAAGUCACGAAGAGGCACAUAGUUGACAAAACAUAUGGUUACAGCUAAUUUUUUUUGAAGACGAAGACGGACGAUAAUAGUACGGCAAGAAUGGAUCUCUUUGAUGAGCUGGAGAACGUGGCUUCCAGGCUGGAAACGGUGGCAUUAAGCGGUUGUCAGGCGCCGGAAGAUCCAAAUGGGAAGGACAAUUCACCUGCACAGAUACUAAGGAUAAAAGAGAAAAUGGCGAACCAAUGUUUUGAAAUGCAAGUCAAAAUCAGUGCAGAAAAACUCAAAAAAUCAUGUGGAGAGCAGGAAUCUAGCAGAGAUAUGUCUGAAUGUGAAAGUGAGAUAGAGGAAGCAAGAAUUAACCACUGCAACAAAACCUUGGCUCUGCAGAGAAUGCAGAUCUGGUGGGGCAUCUCAGAGAGACUCAAAAAGAAUGACACCGAGUCAGAGGUGUUAAAAGCAUCAGCCAAACACAGUCUGGAGCUGUCCUCCAAAAUACUGGAAGUUCAGCAGGAAUCAUCUGAGAUCCAGGAUCAAGUUUUUCAAUUGCAGAAAAAGAGACUCGAUCUAAAACGACUCAUUCACGAAAAAAUGAAGGAGAUGGAGGAGCUGAAAAGAAUGAGAGAGCAUCCCGAGGAAGGGAAGUACAAGAAAGCUUUAGAGAAAGGCCAGGAGUACCUGCAGAAGUACCAGAAGAUGGCGACAAUGACACAGAAUGUCCUCCAGGGAACUAUACUGGCCAGUAAAGUGAACUGGAGAGACGAUCCAAAACUCAAGGACAUUGCACUUGAACUGGAGGACAUCCAAUUGUAUUAAUACAGCUACAGUACAAGUUGUUUAUAUGUACAAAUCAUAUAACUGUAAUAAAACUGUUCAUUUGUAAAUAUACACAAACUUAUUUACUUUCAGUAUGGUAUGUGAUAUUGCAUUUAUCCAUUUUUGUAAAUUUCUUGUAAACUUUUUAAAAAAAAUAAAAAUUCACAUUAAGGGC